CCCAGGGCAGUGCCAGUUCAGCUCGAAUCCGCCAACCAGCUGAGAACAGACGCGGUUGCCUUCUCGUGACGUAACAGGUUUAAUGGUGGUAUAAAAAAAAGCUGCAUUUUUUUUUUCUCACCGCUUUCUGCUAACUCGUCUCGAGGUUUCAUCGUACGUGUUAUCACAGAGGCAUCAACCCAAAGGAUUUGACAUCGUUUUUUCCUGAUUUAACUUUUCGUUAUUUUAUACACGAAUUUGUAGUAUGUUUUUUGGAUACAUCGUUUUUGAACGUUUUUCUAUGGAAGAACAAGGCAACCAAAUCAUAAUUGAAAGUAAUUUUGACCAGAGGGACUCCUUUAGAGAAUCCUGAUCUCUGCCGUCACCGUCCUGGGUCACUUGCGUAAAGAAUUGGGUAGAGUUCCCUUUGUCUUCACCUCAUCAGUCUUCUUAAAUUUUCACAUUCCAUUUAUCUGGAUAAAAUGGUUGGAUUCAGACCUGCUGAUGUGCCCCCAACCGCUGCUGUGAAGUUUAUCGGUGCUGGAACAGCGGCCUGCAUUGCUGACCUAUUCACCUUUCCCCUGGACACAGCCAAAGUCCGGCUACAGCGGCCCAGGAGGUGAUGGUAAAGCCCUUGGAAUCUGCAGGCCCUGGAUGUAGCGUCAUGGACACUGCCUGGACUCUCCUGCCCCGUUUUCCAGUGUCAUUCCUAUGCUCCCUCCCAGUGUCUGUUUAGUCUCUCCAUGUCCCUUAUGUUCCACACAGAUCCAGGGAGAGGAGAAAGGUGCAGCAGCUAGUCAUGGCACAGCAGUGAGGUAUCGGGGCGUGUUUGGUACCAUCACCACCAUGGUGCGUACAGAGGGGGCCAGGAGCCUCUACAGCGGGCUGGUGGCAGGGCUCCAGAGGCAGAUGAGCUUUGCCUCCAUCCGUAUCGGCCUCUAUGACUCUGUCAAGUCAUUCUACACCAAAGGCUCAGACCAUGUAGGGAUUGGCAGUCGCCUGCUGGCGGGCUGUACAACUGGAGCCAUGGCAGUCGCAUUAGCCCAACCCACAGAUGUGGUGAAAGUCCGCUUCCAGGCACAGGCUAGUUCCUCUGGGCCAAACCGACGUUACCAUGGUACCAUGCAGGCCUACAAGACCAUCGCCAAGGAAGAGGGCAUGCGUGGUCUGUGGAGAGGUACUGGCCCAAACAUUGCCCGCAAUGCUAUUGUGAACUGCACUGAGCUGGUUACAUAUGACCUCAUCAAGGACGCUCUUCUUAAAAACACAUCCCUGACUGAUGACCUCCCCUGCCACUUCACUUCUGCAUUCGGUGCAGGAUUCUGCACCACUGUGAUUGCCUCUCCCGUGGAUGUGGUGAAGACGAGAUAUAUGAACUCUGCCCUCGGCCAGUACAGCAGCACCCUCAACUGUGCUCAUGCCAUGGUGACCAAGGAGGGACCUCUUGCCUUCUACAAAGGGUUCAUGCCCUCUUUCCUCCGACUGGGCUCGUGGAACGUGGUGAUGUUCGUUACAUAUGAGCAGCUGAAACGUGCCAUGAUGGCAGCCCGCUAAAACUGUGGCACUCCUCUGUAGACCUGGCUUAUUGGCUGCAGUGGAUGGUGAUGCGGUGUUGCUUUUAUUCCAUUAACUAUCUUUUGUGGCCCUUGUCGUUUCCAUUUUAAACCACUUUUCACUCACCUUUCACUGAAGUGUAUUCCUGAAACUGAAGAUAACUUUCGACAAUAAAAUGUAUACCUAAUUAUGA